AUGGCGACACUCACUGACGAUGCCGGCGAAACGUCUGGGAAUAUACCACAUCCACGGUCCGACUUUGGAAAUGAUCGUGCAUACAAUGGACUCCGGACUAGAUUCGUUCCUCUAAGUCUUCCUACCAAUAUGACCAAGUUGCGAAAACAAGGUCAAACAACCUCUAACGUCGUCACUCCAAAACUCGUAAAUGCUAGGUACUGUGAAAAUUUCGUCCAUGUCCUUUGGAAAGAUGGUAGCACUGUGCAUAUUCAAGUACCUCCUCAGGUAUAUAGGCGAUAUAAACAGCAAAUGGAAGCUUGCCUUUCAGAAAUAGAGCGCCGAAUCGACUGGCUGCGGCGUGGUUCUCGUGAACUCUUUGGUACAAUUAUGGAAGAUGAUGUAGGUCCUUCAUAA